AUGGCGACCCCCGGAAUGCUCUACGUUACUAUGCAGCCGAAGCCCGACCUGGCUCUCGAGCAGUUCCACGAGUGGUACAACAACGAGCACGGCCCGACCCGCCUGCGUCUGCCCCAAAUCUUCACCAACGGCCUGCGAUACCGCGCCACCGACGGCCAGGAGCCGUCCUUCCUCGCCACCUACGACGUGACCUCCAUGUCGCUCCUCGAAACACCCACCUACACCACCCUCCGAGCGAACCGCUCUGCCCGCGAGGCCGAGACCAUUGGCCAAGUCGACGUCACGAGAUACUUUUACGACCUGGUCAUCGAGCAAAAGGCCCCUCUGUUCCUGCCCAUCGAGCAGCUCUCCGACAAGGAAGCCGAGGGCAUCGUGCUGGUCGCCGUCGAGACCACCCUGAGGGACGAGUCCGCCGAGCACGAGUUCAAGAAGUGGUACGGCGAGGAACACAUCCCCAUGUUGACCAAGGUCCCCGGCUGGCUGAGGACUCGCCUCCUCAAGGUCUCGUCCAUUGGCGACGGAGCCGGAAGCAAGACCACCUACCUCGCACUGCACGACUACGCCCGUACCAACGGCCUGGGCGGCCCGGAGCACAAGGCCUCCGUGGCCACUGCCUGGGGUGCCGAGGUCGCCAAGAGCGUCACGGCCAAGAACCGACGCACGUACUCGCUCUUUUACGUCUUCGGACCCGCUCCUCGCGACCUGUCCAACCUGGCGAAGCUCCCGGCCUCGGCCAGCACGUUUACCGCCCCGGACGGCAAGACCACGACCGUUCCCGGGACGGACGGGGCCAUCAGCUCCUACAUCACGGCCGAGGACCAGCUGUCGAUCCCCUACCGGCUGGAGGGCAGUGCCAAGGACGAUGCGCCGACGGUGGCCUUCUGCAACUCGCUCCUGACCUCGCUGCACAUGUGGGACCCGGUCGUGAAGCUGUUGAAGGAGCAGCGUCCCGACCUGCGCAUCCUGCGCUACGACACGCGCGGCCGCCACUCCAUCCCCGGCCCGCCCGUGCCGGCGACGCUGGACCUGCUGGCGUCCGACCUGCGCACUGUGCUGGACGCGCUGCGCAUCCCCAAGCUGCACGCGCUGGUGGGAGUAUCGAUGGGCGGCGCGACGACGACCAACUUUGCUCUCAAGUACCCGAACCGGCUGAAGAAGUUCGUCGCCUGCGAUUUCAACGUGACGUCGAGCGCAGCCAACACGCAGGCGUGGAAGGACCGCAUCGCCGUGGCGGAGGAGGACGGCGGGGCGGGGAUCGCCAAGCUGGCCGAGCAGACCGUGGGCCGCUGGUUCCAUCCCGCAACGAUGGAGAAGGCGAGCGUCGUCAAGUCCAUGACGGAAAUGGUCGCCGGCAACAACGUUGAAGGGUUCAGGUACAGCUGCCAAGCGCUGUGGGACUAUGACCUCAAGCCGGCGCUGCCGUCCUGUCAGGUCCCCGGGCUGCUGGUCGUCGGCGACGGUGACGGCAAAGGCGCGCUCGUCAAGGCGAUGGACGGGUUCAAGGACCUGGUAGGAGACGGCGGGGCGGAGCUGAAGAUUGUGCCCAACGCUGGCCAUCUCCCCAUGUGGGAAGACCCUGCCGCAUUUUGGGAGGCCAUCCAGGGAUUCCUGUGA